CGAAACCAUUCAUCUCAUGUUUCAAGGAUGUGAUGUCAUUUUUGAUAGCAUCACAAUUCAAUCCAAGCUUUGAGAGAUUUGGAACCGGCGGCAAACCAUAUCGCCAAGCACGGGCCAUCGUAUCUCUAUCGAUCGUUCCUCCCUUUUGCUCCACUCUCAUCAUCCAUUUACAAAUUAUACGGUUCUCUUUCGGACCCUAUCCGGAUCUUCUCCAUUUUUGGCGAGUUCUCUGGUGACACCAUCCCGUCAAGCGAGGAUUUGCUCAGCGCCCAAGAGGCUAUGCAGGCAAAGUUGCGUAAACUACGGGAGAUUGACGAAUCGGGAAUUGAGGUGGUCAAUUACGAAGCUGAAUUCCACGAACCUGAUAUUCGUAAUGUCAUAGUGGUAUGCGCUGCACUCUCCCUUGAUGGCCGCUAUGUUGCGCUUGGGUUUGGCAACGGUAUUAUUGAAGUUGCCGAUAUUGACCAUCAAUGUACGGUCUGCCGAUUGCAGCACGAUCCAGCCAAUCCCCCGAUCUGGAUCGAGUUUGUCCAUGGUAGCCACCGAGUUGCUACUGAGGACAUUGGUGGACACGUCACAGUCCUCGGCCAUGACAUGACCCCCGUGAAACUGGGCACCCUUCCCACUGGCCCCUAUUCUGCUGGAACUGCAGUAUCAGAUAAUGAAUCACUUGUCAUACGAGUUCCACAAAAUUUCGACAACCCAUGGUACGACAAUAUGAUACUCAUAUCUGUUCUUGAGGAUCCAUCCAUUCAGCCCCUUGCCUCGCCUUCCUCCCCCUCCUCUCUGUCCUCCCCAUUGAUUCAUGUCGGGUUGCACACACCUCACCGUCGAACGCUUGGGUUCUCACCAGGAGCGCAAUAUAUUGGUGCUUUUGAUGGGAUCCGAGCUUUCACCUGGUCAACGAAGUCGUGUGAAUUCAUUGCAUCUUAUUGCGUGACGAAGUUCGAUUCUUGGAUUAUUAGGUCCAGUAUCAUCCCUCCGAGUGGCUCAUAUCUCGUGCCUCCAGUAGAAGGCAAGGCAGCUUAUACACUUCAUUCCGAGGCGGAUGCAGGGCCUGAUUCAGAAGAUGAGUCCUGGAUCAAGUGUCCAUUUUACGACUUCUCGCCAAGCAUCUCAAGAGGAAUCCUGCCCUCCAGUGUCCAUUCAUCUGUUACAGGAAGAACCCCGUUAAUCGAGUCCUCAUCAGUGUGGAUUAACGGCAGUGUAGAACUCAUAGUUCCAGUGGACUUUGAACCCCAUGAAACCUGUGCCUGGUAUGGUGAUCGAAUACCACCUGAUGUUAUGGGGCUCUACCGCCCUCAGUCCAGCAGAGAUGGAACUCGAUUUCUACUCCAGGGUCAGCGAAGAGCCCCAAUUGUUGUUGAUAUCAGCCAAAUUCGUUUGCCUUCGCCAGUGGAUUUGAGUGGGAUGCGAGAUUCUGACGUACUUCAUUCAUGGAGUUCCGGAAGGUAGGAAGGAUUCACACAUACAUGACAUAUCUUUCCACUCAACUUUCUUUAUUCCACUGUGUUACUGUAAUUCCAUUCUGCAUGCUCAACUUACAGCCGCUCAUUACUUUACCUUGGGAAUAAUUUCACCUUCGCCGAGGGAAUGAGAAAUGUGGUAGGAUAGUUCUAUAAUUGAAGUAUUCCCUCUUUCCCGA